UUGACCCACUUCACUCUUGAAGAGUCUCAGCAGCUCCAUCAAAUAAGUAAAAACAAGUUGAACUCGCACAACUCACCGUCGCCGAAAACCGCAGCCGGAGUUCCUCUUCUUACGAUUUAAUUCCGGCAGAAACUCCAUUCCACUUGUUGAAAUUUUUUUGUCAUGAUGAAAUUGAGUAAAGUGAAAAAAGAGAAACGGAUUGGGGAAAAGAAGAAAAAAAGAAACAUGGAACAAAACGUUGAUGAUGUUGAGACACAUGUUGCAGUGAACAAUGAUGUGGAUGGUGGAGUGAAGGUUAAGAAGGGUAAAAAGAUGAAAGUUUCAAGUGGUAGAAAAAAGAACAAGGACAAAAAUGUCGUUGCGGAAGAAAGACUGGAAGAUGAAGAAGUUGAUUUAGAAGAGAAAAGUGUGGUUCAUGAAAUGCAGGCUAAAAAGGGAGAAAAGGUGAAAGUUACUACCAGUCGAAAAAGGAAAAACAAAGACAUAAACCUAGUUGGAAGACAAAAACUGGAAGAUGAAGAAGUGGAUUUAGAGAAGGAAAAUGUAGUUCGUGAAGUGAAGGCUAUAAAGGGAGAAAAAGUGAAAGUUACUACGAGCCGAAAAAGGAAACACAAAGACAAAAACCUAGUUCAAAGACAAAGACUGGAAGAUGAAGAAGUGGAGUUAGAAAAGCAAAAUGAUGGAGUCGUGGAACAUUGUGAUGCUAAACAAGAGGAAGUCAAUGACUCGAAGGAGCCUAAAGAUUGUAUUUCUGGAGCAUUUAUCAAACCUUGUAGGUCAAAGGAAUCUAAGAAGAAACGAAGAAAGGAGGUUCCGAAAUCACCAGAAAAGAAAGAACAAGAUCAUCAGGAGGAAAUUCAUAUUAUUUCCUCUGGAGAUGACGACUGCUCAAAUGGAAUGAAAAAAUGGAUCAUGGAAUACCAUCAAAGUAGACCAGGAUUGGAGGUUUUGCAAAAUCAAAUUGACGACUUUAUAACUGAUUACGAGGAGAAAUUGGAAGAGGAAAAGAAAGCAAAAGAAGCUCUUGCUGCAGAAGGGGGAUGGACAGUGGUUGUACAACGCAAGGGUAGGAAGAAAACUACUGACUCUGAAAGUGGGAUUGCUGUGGGCUCGGUUGCUCAAGCUGCUGUGGAGGAUAAAUUGGCCAAAAAGAAAAAUAAAGAAGUUGGUCUAGAUUUCUACCGCUUUCAAAAAAGAGAAGCGCAGAGAAAUGAGCUAAUGCUAUUGCAGCAGAAAUUUGAGGAAGACAAAAAACGUCUGCAACAGUUGAGAGCUGCCAGGAAAUUCAGACCUUACUAAAUGGUGUUUAUGGCAGCCAUGGUCGACGGUUCUGUUUAUUGGGGUUGAGGAUUAUAUUUAUGAAAUCCGGAAGGUGAACUAUCCUGUAGUCCUGAAAAUUGUUCAUUUACCAUUCCAAUUUUGCCAAAAAUGUGUAAUUGUAAGGAAGUAGUUAUUUUAAUUUGAGUUAUAUUAUUUUGCCGUGAAGACCAUACUGCGCAUCGCAAAAGGUUGUUUCUUACUCAGAUAUCACCAAUUUAGGUGGUUAUUGUACACCAUGAAUGUUUGAACUUAUU